GGAAGUGGUAGAGGAAACAUGGGUGGAGGACUUCAGGGGCUCCACUUGGCCCUCCUCCUCUCCACCGCAUGCGCCACAUACGGGCCUAGCUAUGGCGGUGGAGGCGGUGGAGGUGGAGGUGGAGGUGGAGGUGGAGGUGGAGGCUACGGAGGUGGAGGAAGAAUCUUGAGGAUCACCGAAGCAAGAGGUGGAUUAGUUCAUUCUUCCCAGUCUGGCUACUAUGGUCCACCCGUCAGUACAAGUGGAGGAGGUGGACGCUACUCUGCUCCUUCAGUCAGCACCGGUGGAUACGGUGGAGGAGGUGGAGGUGGAGGAGGUGGAGGAGGAGGUGGAAGCUACUCUGCUCCUUCAGUCAGCGCCGGUGGAUACGGUGGAGGAGGUGGAGGUGGAGGUGGAGGAGGAGGUGGAAGCUACUCUGCUCCUUCAGUCAGCGCCGGUGGAUACGGUGGAGGAGGUGGUGUAGGAGGUGGAGGAGGAGGUGGAGGCUACUCUGCUCCUUCAGUCAGCGCCGGUGGAUACGGUGGAGGAAGUGGAGGUGGAGGAGGUGGAGGAGGAGGUGGAGGCUACGCUGGUCCAGAUAUAGCUAUUGGAUAUUCUAGUUCAUCUAUUGGUGGAGGUGGAGUUAUCUUUCUCCAUCCACCUUUUGUCCUCCACUUCAAUGCCUCUCCUCCAUAA